CAUGUGCGGCCGUGUGGGUACUUCCGGCGGSUCCUUGAGGCGGCGGGCCCGCCAUGGAGCGGUUCGGGCCCGGGCCCGUCAGCGCCGUGCCGGUGGCCGAGUUCAGGCCAAAUGAGGGUUCAUUAACAUCAACUUUAAGAACGCUUCUGUUCUUCACAGCUCUAAUGAUUACAUUACCUGUUGGGCUAUAUUUUUCAUCAAAGGCUUAUGUAUUUGAAGGUUCCUUGGGAAUGUCUGACAGAGACAGCUAUUUUUAUGCUGCCAUAGUUGCUGUAGUCACUGUCCAUGUGGUGCUUGCUCUCUUUGUUUAUGUAGCCUGGAACGAGGGUUCACGGCAGUGGCGUGAAGGCAAACAGGACUAGAAUGAAUGAAGAUCAUCSGUGUCUAAUGUCCACAGACUGUAAAUCAGUUUUUUUUGUGAGCUGAAGGAAAAGCAUUCUUCCAAAUGUGUAAUACACAUGUACAAAGAGGAGGCUGAUGCCUCAGUUGUGGUUAAAAUAAGACUUGUCCUCAUCUUGGCUGUGUACUGGUGUUUUCUGUAAUGGUGAUGGAAGUUGUUGUUUAGCCAGCCUCUACUGUGUCAAGCUGAGGAGGCCUUCACCUGCAAUUAGAGUGGAAUGAUUAUAUACUUUUGAAAAAUCUUGUAGCUACUUUUGGCAUUCCUGAUAUUUUUCUGGCUUGCUCUGAAAAUAAUGGCAUGAAGCGAGCAUUAAAUUUUCAAGGAAUUAAAUUGCUAGUUUAAAAAGCUGCAUUACUUACUAUCCAGGUCCAGUGGAAAAGAUGGAAUUUCAGUUUGCUGUAGAUAGUUUCCUGAUUUUUGGAUGUUGUGGUUUAACCCUAGCCAGCAACUGAGCACCAUGCAGCUCUCACUCACUGACCCCUCAGUGGGAUGAGUGGGGAAUCAGGAAAGCAAAGUGAAAAAACUSAUGGGUUUAGAUAAAGACAGUUUAAUAGGUAAAGCAAAAGCUGCACCUAAGUGUGUUGGUUUUCAGUGUAAAUUCAAACCAUAGUCCCAUGGUAGAAAAUUACCUCUAUCCCAGCCUAAACCAGCAGUGUGGGACAGGCAUAAUGGUAAUUAUGAGUUUAAAAGUAAUUUCAAAACCAGAAUUGUUUAGAAACUCAGGUGAUGUCUUUCUAAUGUGAAAUACAAUUUUUUUUUUUGCUUUCAAAUAUAUUUUUAUUGCAGUGUGAAAUUCAGUCUUUAAUUUCCUUUUGGGAGGGCUGUGGUAAAUAUGCRUUGCUCGUCUGUCUCUUCUUCUACAGUUUAUCCUGUUGAUGCAAAGGAAAGGGCAUAGCCUAUUUUUUUGUGUGUCUUUACACAGGUAUGUAUGUACUUGGUAUUUGCUUAAGUGUUCAGUUGAAUUUCCUGUGGUGAAGGUAGGGGAAGGAGAAGGAGAAAAUAAGCUGUAGUCAUCUGCAAAUGGUGUCCUUUGUGAAGCAGAGGGCACAAAAGUGACCACAUGGAAAAUAGGCUUCUCUUCAUAAACACUUAYUUGUACACUGUGAAAUAAUACAAUAUGUUGAUUGUUUUCUUUUUUCCUUGGUUGUGUGUAGAAUUUCCUGUAGUCAAACAUUAGUGAGAUUUUUGUGGUGUAGGAUAACCUGAAUUUCAUUCCACUGUGGUGCUGUUGCUAGCAAGCUUUUUAGUCCCUGGCUAAAACAUUUUUCCUAAAGUUCYGACAAGGCAUAAAACCUUCCUAACACCAAUGAUGGCUGUUAAGCUGUUGUGCUUGAGAUCAUUCUGUUAAUUUGAAUUUUCCAAUUUAUUGUAUUAGUUCAGCCUUUCUUGGAAGUUUUUUGCUUAAUAGAGGGCUUGUCAUGGUGUUCAGUGCUGCAUGUGUUCCUGGUUAAACUUACCUAUAAAUGAGGCAAAAAUUGUUUAUCUGUGCCCAGUGGCUUGAGAAUUAUGUCCCCAAGCCUCAUUCCUGUCUUGUCCAUCCCAGUCCCAGGUGUGCACAAGCAUAUGCACCAUGGCACACUAAUGCAAAUCAGUUUUUACACUGUGUUUCUGCUGUGUUACCUUUUCUCAUCCAGCCCCAUUGUGAGGUUGCUGCUGGCAAACUGGAGAAUCAUCUCAGAGUACUUGAAGUGCAGAGUUAGUUUGUACAUGGGCAUAUUGACUUCCUGUUCUCCAGUGUAUGAAGUGUACGUUGUAGAACAAUACUGCCUUUUAAUAAAGAACUACCCCGCAAUACAAGAUCCGGUAAGCAAUGUGUGCUGAACAGUUUCUGAAUAAUGUCUUUGAUAUUGCACAUGUAGAGUACAGCUUAAAGCAAACACGUAGCCCUGCUCAGUAGCCUAGCUUUUUUUUUUUUUUUUACUCACAGUGGAGAAUAAAUGAAGAGAGUUACACUCACAAAAUAAAAAAUUUGAAGUUUAUUUGGUACUAGAAGGCAGUGACGGAGAAAAUGAAUGUUAUAGAAAUAUAAGACAUUGACUACAAAGGGAACACACCUGCCAAACUCUAUUAGCUGCAUCCUGUGCUAUGUCUAUUUUAUGUUUCAUGUAGCAGAAUCUGUAAACACUAAGUUAAUUUCCUAGGAAUAACAGGAAAAUAAUCCCUUAUUAUAGCUGUUUAGUUAUAGAAAUAUGACAAGUUUGGCCUCUGCUGUAUAUGCAGGUAGUGUAGUGUCUCAGCAGUUGGGAGUAAUGAGUUGAGCAUUAAUCCAUCCAUUGGAAGAUCUUUGAAGAUUUUGCUUUGUUCCACAACAACAUUCCCAGUGAGAAAAGAGGCACUGCCUGAGUCUGCAUAGCCAAGUCC